UUAAACCACCAAAAAUGGGUGGCGCUAAACUGAAACAGUAGUGGAAGCAUGGAGGCAGCGGCAUUGGCAUUUGCUUCAGCUUCACAACUUGGAAUCGCCGGAAAUUGUUCUUUAUCGUCGUCUUCUUCGGCCGGUUCUAGGUCUAUUCGGUUCAUGCAAAUCAAGCCUAAUCGUAUCGCUCUCGAAUUCAAACCUUCCAGAAGCUCGAUCCGCGCCUCUGCUACCGGCGAGGAGGAUUCCGGUACAAACACCAGAGGAAGUUUUGAAAGCGAAACACCCUAUUUUCCCUGGAGUAGGUGCUUUUGCUACUGCCAUGGAUGUGCUCAACAAGAAGGGUAGAUUCUAAUAGAAGAAUGGCUGAAGCUCUUUGUACUUGUUUUGAGCAAGAUGCCCAUUCCUGGGCAUUUUUCUUGGCAUGCAACUUCUUUUUGAGUCAAGGCAGGAGAAUGGACCAGGUAACUGGUUUAAACAUAGUUCUCUCUCAUAAGAGUUUCCAUUUUGUUUUAUCUUGUCAAUCAAUUUUACCAAAGAGAGUCAAAAAGUUCUUGGCUGACUAUCAUCAUGUUUAUCCAGUAAAAGGUCUUGGUUUAAUUCCUGGAGUAGUUGGGCUUUUUGACUCAUCUAAAGGAAUCAGAGUACCUUGUAAUUUAUAAAUUUCCAAUAGUUAUGUGUGUGAUGUAAGUAUUUGGAAUCUUAAAUGGGAUGCUCUGUAAUAGGGGUGGUAUUAGAACAAUGUAAUAUCUCAGGGAUGAGAGUUGCAAAAUAGGGUGUUUACUAUAGCAUUAAAUUCUAUAAUCUUGAUGCAUUAACCACUUGUGUAUAUUUCUGGGAAGUCCAGGUUUGCAGCAUGCAAGUGCAGCUGCACCCGAAGGCCCAUGGAAAUACCUGAAAAUUAUUCCAAAGCCACUAUCAAUCAAGGCCGCAGUGGCGACAAAUCACAAAAUAUGUAGUAAUUUCCUAUUUUUGUACGACAGUUUACCUAUAUUUACCCAUGCAAUUUCAGGGUUGGAGGACUGGGCUGCAAUGGAGAAUGCAUUCCAAGAGUUUGAUGGAUUGGUUCGUUCCUGUACAUGGUCAAGAAACAGAUCAGAUUCCCAAGACAACAAUCUGUUGAUUGAGUUGCAACAUUGCUCCUGCAAGACAAGGAGUGAAUCAUUUGAUCAUGUCUGAGAUUAGCCUUGAAAGUAACAAGGCAAGAUACAGUGAUGGGUAUGGCAUAGUGCCUAAUGAUGCCAUGUGGGAAGAGAUUCUCCUAAAGCUUCCAACUAAAGGCCUAGUAAGGUUCAAAGCUGUUUCUAAAUUGUGGUAUGAGAAAAUUUCUAGUCCCUCUUUUGUUAAGUUGCACUUGGAGCAGUCCAAGGCAAAUACUAUAUAUAUCAUCUACUCUUAUCCUUUAGCUGAAAAUAUGCUCAUAAUGGAAAACAAUGGUGAAAGUAGCCAGUUAACUCUUCCGGGAUUUCUCAAUGGGUUGUCUUCAAUUGAAAUAUGCUCCUUCAAUGGUCUUCUAUGCAUUAGCGGUGACACUGAAGAAGAUGAUUUGGAGAUCCGGAUAUGCAAUCCUACUACUCGAGAAGUCACAGUGCUUCCUAGAUGUAGUCUACCUGGGAAAUUUUCAUCAGUUGGAGUUGUAUUUGAUGCUGAGACAAACUACAAAGUAUUCAGAUUUUGCUGCGAUGAGUUUGAAUGUGAAGAUGAUAUUUAUGAAUGUGAAGUCUAUGAAUCUUAUGAUGGAACGUGGAGGAACAUUGGUCAGGUGCCAACAGGUCCCAAGGUUAAUUGGUUUGCCCCCGUGUGUCCUACUUCUGUAUGUGUGCAGGGAAGGCUAUAUUGGCUUGCCUGGAAUAAAGAAGAUCGGGAGAGUCCAGCCUUUGUUCAGUCCGUUGAUAUGGAAGGCAAUUUCUCCAGAAUUUCCCUUCCAGAGGAUUUGAAUGGAUAUACAUUCUUGAUCAACCUUGAUGGUGUCUUAUCAGUGGUUGCUGUGGACGAUACGGAAACAUAUGUGGACAUACUUGUCCUAGAAGAUAAUAAAGAAACUGGGUUCACAUGGUCCUGGAAAGCCUGUGCUGAACUUGAAUUGGAAUUUAUCGCUUCCUUCAACUCUGUAGUUGGAGGAAAGGAUGAGAUACUUUUCAUAUUUGAUAUGUUUACUAAGUUUCGUUAUCGUGUGCUCAAUUUGACUGAAAGGACUUGGAGGGAACUUGAUGUACCUGCUGCUUUGAAGGGGCGCUAUUCUAUUGCGCUUCCAUUUGUUGAAAGUCUUCUUCCAUGUAUAAAACCCAGAGGCGAAACCAGCUCCAGUGAGGGCACAACUUCCUCUUCUCCAUGAUCUUGACUCUUGACACCCUCUCUCCUUCACCCUACGGCAUGGAAGGAGCUCGUGAAAUGCAUCUCCAGUUUUUGUGCUUGUUGCCUGCCUGGGAAAAUGUUUACCCAACAGAGUCGUCGGAAUAAAUAAAUAAAUUGCAGCUGAUUUAUGUAUUGACUGUGAAAUCGUAUAUACCAUCAACAAUGGCCUGUAGCAUAAGCAUAUCACCUUUAUAUGCCUGUGCUUUGGGAAGUAGCUGGUUUAUGAUGAUUUCUUUCUCUAGGUUUUAUGCUGCAAGUUGGUUUGCAGCAUGUAGUUCUAAGUUCAUAGAGACAUCAGUUUGUAACUUGAGUUGCAAAUACUAUUUUGCUGACAUUCGCAUUUACAUUUACAUGUGGUACUAAGUUAAUCUUUAAAAAGCUUUCAGGUUUUUAUUUU